GGUGGGGGGAGAGGCUCCCCAAGCUCUCCGCAACAAAACUCUCUUCCAUCAAACUAACUAAAAAGAAAAAAAAAAAAAAAGGAAAAACAACAACAACAACUCCAAACAGAAAAGAUAGUGCGUGAAACAACCAAAUCCAAAUCUCAUCCAAUUAUCUCUCCCUCUAUAUAAAUAGUUCCAAAUGAGAUAAAAGAAUCCAGAUUAAAGGAAAAAAAGAAGGAAAAAAGUGGUGGUUUUUAAUGGGUUUGAGAGUUCAAAUGAGGAACAUGAAUUUCAUGUUCUUGGUAUUCUUUUCAUGGGCUUUUUCAUCUGCCACAGCUUCUGUGACUUAUGACCACAGAGCUAUAGUUAUUAAUGGCAAAAGAAGGAUUUUGAUUUCUGGGUCAAUUCAUUAUCCCAGAAGCACUCCUGAGAUGUGGCCUGAUCUCAUACAGAAGGCAAAAGAUGGAGGCUUGGAUGUUAUACAGACCUAUGUGUUCUGGAAUGGGCAUGAGCCUUCUGAAGGAAAAUAUUAUUUUGAGAAUAGAUAUGAUUUGGUGAAGUUCAUCAAGCUGGUUCACCAAGCUGGCUUAUAUGUUCAUCUCCGGAUUGGUCCUUAUAUCUGUGGUGAAUGGAACUUUGGAGGAUUCCCAGUUUGGCUGAAAUAUGUUCCAGGAAUCGCUUUUAGAACGGACAAUGGACCUUUCAAGUGGCACAUGCAAAGGUUCACAGAGAAGAUUGUCAACAUAAUGAAAGCAGAAGGAUUGUUUGAAACUCAAGGGGGUCCCAUAAUUAUGUCACAGAUAGAAAAUGAAUAUGGACCAGUGGAAUGGGAAAUUGGUGCUCCAGGCAAGGCUUAUACCAAAUGGGCAGCUCAAAUGGCUGUUGGUCUUAACACAGGAGUUCCAUGGGUUAUGUGCAAGCAAGAUGAUGCCCCUGACCCAGUUAUUGAUGCCUGCAAUGGCUUCUAUUGUGAAAACUAUAAACCAAACCAAGUCUACAAACCGAAAUUGUGGACAGAAGCAUGGACUGGCUGGUACACAGAGUUUGGUGGGCCAGUUCCUCACAGACCUGCUGAAGACUUGGCAUUUGCAGUUGCAAGGUUUAUUCAAAAUGGUGGUGCUUUCUUUAACUAUUACAUGUAUCAUGGAGGAACAAAUUUUGGCCGUACAGCUGGUGGUCCUUUCAUUGCAACUAGCUAUGACUAUGAUGCUCCAUUGGAUGAAUUUGGAUUACCAAGGGACCCAAAAUGGGGACAUUUGAGAGAUUUGCAUAGAGCCAUUAAGUUGGCUGAGUCAGCUUUAGUGUCCUCUGAUCCCACAGUUACAAAACUUGGAAACAAUCAAGAGGCUCAUGUCUUCCGGUCGAACACCGGUGCUUGUGCUGCUUUCCUCGCAAAUUACGACACUAAUUACGACGUAAAAGUGAGCUUUGGAAACGGGCGAUAUAACCUGCCACCUUGGUCCAUCAGCAUUCUCCCCGACUGCAAAACUGCAGUUUACAACACUGCAAGGCUUGGUGCUCAAAGCACAGUGAUGUGGAUGACCCCCGUCUACAAAGGAUUCUCUUGGGAAUCAUACAAUGAAGAAACUGCUUCUGCUAAUAGUGGUGACACAACUGCAUUAGAUGGGUUGUGGGAGCAAGUUUAUGUCACAAGGGAUAACACAGACUAUUUGUGGUACUUGACAGAUAUCACAAUAGGUUCUGAUGAAGGAUUUUUGAAGACCGGAAAUUAUCCUCUUCUCAAUAUUUUCUCAGCAGGCCAUGCCUUGCAUGUUUUCGUCAAUGGCCAACUAACAGGAAGUGCAUAUGGCAGUUUGGAUAAGCCAAAAUUGACGUUUACUCAGAAUAUAAAGCUUAGAGCUGGCGUCAACAAGCUUGCUUUACUAAGUGUUGCUGUGGGUCUGCCGAAUGUUGGUCUGCAUUUCGAGACAUGGAAUGCAGGGGUUCUCGGUCCAGUAACACUGAACGGUCUCAACACAGGAACGUGGGAUAUGUCAAAGUGGAAAUGGUCCUACAAGAUUGGUCUGAAAGGAGAAAAAUUAGGCCUCCACACUGUUAGUGGAAGUUCUUCUGUAGAAUGGGGUCAAGGAUCCUUUUUGGCUAAACAUCAGCCACUUACAUGGUACAAGACAACUUUCAAUGCACCAGGAGGUAAUGGUCCAUUAGCUUUGGAUAUGAACAGCAUGGGAAAGGGACAAAUAUGGAUAAACGGUCGGAGCAUUGGACGCCACUGGCCAGCAUACAAAGCAAGUGGUGGCUGUGGGCCUUGUAACUAUGCUGGAACUUUCACCGAUAAGAAAUGCCGAACUGAUUGUGGGCAGCCCUCUCAGAGAUGGUACCAUGUUCCGCGCUCAUGGCUGAACCCAACUGGAAAUUUACUAGUUGUGUUUGAAGAAUGGGGUGGAGAUCCAAAUUGGAUAAAUUUGGACCAAAGAACAACAGGAACCGUCUGUGCUGAUAUACAUGAAGGGCAACCCACAAUGGAAAACUGGGGAGCUUUAGGCUCUGGCAAAGUAGCCGUAGCAAAAGCUCACUUAUGGUGUCCACCAGGGCACAAAAUCUCUCAAAUUAAGUUUGCUAGCUAUGGAGUACCGCAGGGGACCUGUGGAAACUACCGAGCAGGAAGUUGCCAUGCCCACAAGUCAUAUGAUGUACCACAAAAGAAUUGUGUAGGACAACAAUCCUGUACAGUAAUCGUAGCUCCUCAAUUUUUUGGAGGAGAUCCAUGCCCGGGUGUUGCAAAGAAGCUCUCACUUGAGGCUAUAUGCAGCUAAGAUCCAGCAACAUUUGUUGUACAUGAAAUAAAAGAAGCCCCCACAUUAGUUCAUCAUACAGCACGUAAUUUCGUCAUUGCCCGUAAUAGUUUCUUCAUGGUAAUUGAAGCAUACAAGAUUCAAGAAUGUUCAGAUACAUACCUAAUACGAUCAGCCGAUUCCAAAUGUAGAUAGUGAAGAUGGUUGCAUUUGUAUAUAGACAACAUGUUGCAUGUUGUGUGUCAAGAGUAGCUUCAUACGUAUACACAGGGCUCAUUACCAGCAAGUUAAUGGUCAUAAUUAAGCAACCUUUAACAUGCUGGGUCUCAAUGGCUGUAAGUUGUAACAUUCUGGGAAAAAGCAAUCUGCUUUUUUCUUUGAAAUAAUAAAUUGGAUAAUAAUAAUCUCAUUCAUGAAAUUUGCACGAA